AUGCCCCCUACAAAAUCUUCCGACAAGAUAUUUCCAAUCACAACCUUUAUUUCAGACCUACCGACCAACCUCAUUCUACAGCCCCUCCUAUCAUCUUCCGAAGAUGGCCCUGUCAGUGGACGCUUGGUUAUUGUAGGCGAUGUACAUGGGAUGAGGAAGUCCCUCGAGGCACUCCUAGACAAAGUCGGCUUCGACAAACGCAAAGGAGAUCAUCUUAUACUAGUUGGCGACCUAAUCAAUAAAGGGCCCGAUAGUGCUGGUGUUAUCGAUCUGGCUAUGAACCUAGGCGCUAGCGCUGUGAGAGGCAACCACGAAAAUGCAGUUCUUAAUGCGGCCGCGGAUGCUACAAGGGAUAGUCCACUACAUGCCGAAGGCUUGGCUGGCAGUCCGGCCGUACCUGAAAAGCCUGAAGCCGACCUACCCGGGGAUAAUGCUCGAGAUUCCGAGAUUCCCGACAAAAGCGAAUCUGCUGCAAGUAGCGGAGUUGCUACCUCGCAUAGUACAGCAUCAGCGCUCUCGACUGGCCAGCUCGACUGGCUUGCUGCUUUGCCUUUUAUCUUCUGCGUCAAGCUACCUCAUGUCCCAACAUCCUCCUUGGGCGACAAUUUAGUUGUGGUACAUGCAGGCCUCGUUCCUAGUAUCUCACUUGAUGACCAAGAUCCGCACGCUGUAAUUCAUAUGCGGAGCCUUGUCUGUACAUCAGGCGAUGAGGACGGAUUCAUACCAGCUGAAAUUUCCGGAGAAGAAAGCUGGGUUAUGGAAUGGGACCGGUGGCAAGAGAGGCAAGCAUCCAAGACCACGGUGAUAUUCGGACACGAUGCGAAACGUCGUUUGCAGCUAAGCAAGUAUGCAAUUGGGCUGGAUUCAGGGUGUUUAUACGGCCAUCAAUUAAGUGCGGUUGUGAUUGGGGUUUCCGACAAAGGGAUUGAGCAUCGUGUUAUUCAAGUCGAAUGCGCUGAUACGCCUAUAGUCCCAACAGUAUCUGUACAACAAGGCGACAAGGCAGCAGAUACAUGA